AUGGUUGGCAAAAAGUCAGAAAAGGCUCUUCGAGAUGAAGGCCUCGAACGAACCGACAACAGCAUGGGACUAUCCAGUUGGCCUGUGAUAACCCCAAUCAACCAGAAAAACUAUUACACAGACUACCUCAAACGAGAUGACCAGCUCCUCGCCUACCGCCUCCAAAACGAAGAAGCGCGCAACCGCAUGACCAAAACCGCCAAAGACCGCGACCGCGCACUCGCCCUAGGCAAACAGGAACAAGCCGAUACCGAAGCCGACGGAGACGCUGUAAUGGAAGAUGCCGAAGAAGCAGUCGAGGCGGAAACAGCAGGCUCAAAAGUGAUUGUUCUUCAUUUGGGAAGCCAGAAUUUACGGAUUGGGCUUGCGAGUGAUGCGCUUCCUAAAACUGUGCCGAUGGUGAUAGCUAGGAAAUCGACACAAAACGAGUCGGAAGAUGGUGUUGAGCCGAGACCGAAGAGGGUUAAAUUGAAUGAGGAUGAGAAUGAGGAAGAUAUUGCACCGGAGAAGCGGUUUGGGACAGAGUUUGCAUCACAAUAUACAAAAAUGUCCGCCGAUCUCAAAACGCACAUGCGACAAAACAAAAGACGAAUGCUACCCAACUCCAAAGAAAUGGUCGUCAACUACAACCGUCGAACUGUCCCCGAACUCAUCCCGGAACAUAACGAUCCUUCGCGAGUUGAAUGGACAGAAUUCUCUAACCCGCCACCUGAAUACAUAACAGGGCAAAGAGCGCUCAGAAUACCAGAUGAUUCAACCCCACGAUACAAACUAUCGUGGCCGAUUCGAAAUGGAUGGUGCAAUGAGAAGGAUUACACGAAUGCGCGACUCUUGUUUGUGGAUAUAUCUCUUAUCCUGGAAGACGCAAUUAAGCGAGAGCUAGGAUUGACCAGUAAGAAAGACUGGCCGCAGUAUUCAUGCGUUUUUGUCAUUCCGGAUCUCUACGAAAGGUCGUACGUUACUACCAUAUUGGAAAUGUUGAUGAAAGAGUUCUCCUUUGCGCGGGUUUGCUUCAUCCAGGAAAGUUUAGCGGCUGCGUUUGGCGCCGGGUAUACAUCUGCUUGUAUCGUGGAUAUCGGAGCACAAAAGACUUCAAUAUGUUGUGUGGAAGAAGGAAUGUGCGUUGAAAACUCGCGUAUCAAUUUGAAAUACGGCGGAUUUGACGUUACUGAGACAUUUAUCAAAAUGAUGCUCUUUGAUCAUUUCCCAUAUGCCGAGAUCAACCUGAACCGACGAUACGAUUUCUUACUUGCCGAGGAACUGAAGAAGAAUGUCUGCACAAUGAACGAGGGCAGCGUGUCUGUACAAGUAUUUGAUUUCCAUCUCCGUGUCUCAGGACAGGAUACAAGAAAAUACACGUUCAAAGCAUACGACGAAGUCCAUCUUGCGCCAAUGGGUUAUUUCCAGCCUAGCAUUUUCAGCCAUGACGAUAAACUACAGGGUCGUCGGAAACUUCUACCUCGAUCGUAUGAUAUUUAUGAUGGUCAACCGAAUGAUCCUACAUCAGCAGCGCAGUCGGAAAUUCUUAAAAUCAUCGCACCGCCUCUUCCCGCGGAGUUGUUGGCGGAGGAUGAAAAGUCACAUUCUAAUGCAACUGACGUCCAGGCGACACCCGCCCGCUCCCAUUUAAAUGCUCUCGGUCGUGUGCAGGAUUCCGAAGCCACGCCUCGAUCAUCAGUGGCCGGCUCACCAGCUCCAGAGACAAACACGCCCCUGAAUGGAAUCGCAGCUGCUGCUGCAGGGAACAGCACACCUGUCCCCGGCGAAAAAGCGAGUCAACCCGCCGUUGCCCCUGCCGCUGGUGCAUCCCAACCCUCCCAAGCAUCCCAACCCCUCCAACAACCACCACCUCAACCCCCUCGAACCCCCACAAUCGAAGAACGCGACGACAUCCUCCCCAUCUACCCCCUCGACCAAGCAAUCCUAGCUUCCAUCACGCAUGCAGCGCGCUCCGAUGACAAAAAAAUGCGCGACUAUCUGGGUGGAAUCAUGGUCGUCGGCGGCGGGAGUCAAAUCAAUGGGUUCCACGCCUAUCUCGAAGAGAGAUUACAUGCGCUCACUCCGACGUUCACAAAGGAGAUUAUGAUUGGUUCCCCGCCGAGGGAUUUGGAUGCGCAGGUUGUUGUCUGGAAGGGGGCGAGUGUGUUUGGAAAGUUGGAUGGGACGAAUGAUAGUUGGAUUGGGAGGUUGGAGUAUGAUCGGUUGGGGAGUAGGUUGUUGGUUUAUAAAUGUAUGUGGGCUUAUUAG